AUGACAGCCACUCCUGUUCUUUAAAGCUCACCGAUAAAACUGCAGCUUUCAGUCUAGCCUGUGUAUGUUUUUCACUUGUUUAUCUUUAGCUGCUGGGACAAACUGAGCUACCUUGUGGUCUACUUAUUUUCUGCUUCCUCCACCAACGUCACUCGUUUCCUGCCUGAUACACAGGCAACCCAGACAAUAGAGAUGUUCACAUUUCCCGACUGGUGUGAGCUUUGGCUGGUAUUAGCUGGUUUUUUGUACCAUCACAGAACUUCAGUGAAAUUCUCUUUUCAUCAGUCUCUCUGAGGAAUAGAAGCACUUCUCAUGCUAACUGAAAUGGAAUAACAAACGGACAGGUCAGCAAAAGUAUUGUGUGCAGGUGGCAAUGUUAAUUCAUUGGAAACCACUGGUUGCUGGAACAUCCUUCUUUGUCAUCUUUAUCUUAUCUUUUGCAUCGUAUUAUUGGAAGAGAAGCACACCAUGGUAUAAAAUAUAUGGGACAUCCAAAUCUUACGACCGCUUCUGCAGAGGCCCGCUUGCCAGAGACACGAUCACACGACUCAAAGACAAACACAGCUUUAUCAUAGCCCCCUAUUUUGACAACCGGAACGGGACUCUCAUCCGCAUUAUUAGUAUUAUUCAUCAUGAAAAGGUUAAGGAUCUUCAUUGCUUGCUCUGCUGCCAAAAUAGUGGGAACGUUACCAUCGUGAAGGCGAAGAUCGACAUUCACAAAGACCGGUUUGGAUUCCCUUAUGGCACCGCCGAUCUCCUUUGUGGGGAACCACCAAACUGCACUCCACAGUACAUGUCAAUUUGGCCGUCUCGUGAAUCGGACUUUGCCCUAAUACCACUUUUUGAGAUAAAAAACCGCAACGCGGAAAGCUCUUCUCUAGAAUUCACCGUCUGCAUCUCCACCAUGUUUGGAGACUAUAACAACAUCUUGCAGUUCAUACAGAGCAUUGAGAUGUAUAAAAUACUUGGAGCACAGAAAGUUAUUAUUUAUAAGACGAGGUGUAGCCCAUUAAUGGAAAAAGUCCUAAGAUAUUACGUCUCUGAAGGGACCAUUGAAAUUGUUCCCUGGCCCAUUGAUCUGUACCUUAAGCCUUCCUCUUACUGGCAUCAUUCCAUGGAUGCCAAAGACAUUGGGUACUAUGGGCAAAUCGCAGCCCUGAAUGACUGCAUCUACCACAAUAUGUACAGAAGCAAAUAUGUGUUGCUAAUUGAUGCUGACGAAAUUAUCCUUCCUGUUAAGGAUGCCGAUUGGAAAUCUCUAAUGCAACGGCUUCAAAAGAAAAAUCCAGGGACUGGAGUGUUCUUGUUUGAAAACCACGUCUUCCGUAACAAUGUCUUCGACUUGAACGGUCCAUUCAACUUCUCAUCUUGGAGCGGCGUGCCUGGCGUGAAUGUAUUUCGGCACAUCUUCAAAGAACCAAACAGGAAAGGUGACUUCAAUAACAAGAAGAUGGUUGUUGACCCAAGAAAAGUGAUUCAGACAUCUGUCCAUUCUGUUCUCAACAUGUACGGAGAUACCGUGGAAGUCCCCAGCGACAUCGCGUUUCUCUUCCACUGCAGGAUACCGGAACGUAAAGAUCUGACGGAUGAAUCCUUGAUUCGAGACCCAAUCCUUUGGAAAUACAACACAUCUUUGAUUGCGAAUAUUAACCAUGUUCUACAUGAAUCCCAUAUUUUACAAUCUCAUGCCAAACUGUGAUGGAUGCCAGUAGUAAAGGCCGAGAAAAUAUAAUAAAUACAGAUUUGUACAUGAAACGUACAGCUACAAUGCCCUGUAUGGUUGAAAAUAUCAAAACAGGUUGGAAAUAUUCGACAAAGAGAGGUGGAGGUCCCUCAAAGGGGAUAAUUUUUUUAAGGUACUUUGGUAAAUAAUGUCUCACCUGUGGAUUUCUCACUUUACUGAAAUGAUUCUGGUCCAAAGCAAGUGUCUUCAUUCGAUGAUAAGGAUGUUGAAAAGUCAGACGGGGACUAUUCAGGCAUUGCACCCUCAACUGUGGAAGUCAUUCUCUCAUGAAGCUUAACUGAUUACCAUAUUCCAGUGAAUAAAAAUGGUUUCCAUGUUUUCA